CCCACCCAAACCCAAUGACAGCAUAAAAAGGCACCCCAACUAGCUAGCACUCUUAUUGAUCACUUGCUUCUAUCAAGCUCUCUUUUCAAAAUGAUUUCAACAAAAAGGUUACUUCCAUGGCUAGCCAUGGUCAUGGUGCUCGUAGGCUUGUCAAAAGGAGAUUUUGAUCAAGACAAAAAAAAAUGUGGCGAUACGCUUAUCGGGUUAGCCACUUGCCUUCCUUAUGUUAGUGGCGAAGCCAAGGCUCCAACCAUGGAUUGUUGUACCGGGCUUAAACCGGUUAUAGAGAAAAACCGGGUUUGUUUAUGUAUCUUGAUCAAGGAUCGCGACAAUCCUAAUCUUGGAGUCAAGAUUAACGCGACCCUUGCCUUGGGCUUGCCCGAUAAAUGUCGUACGCCUGCUAAUAUCACAGAGUGUCCUACGCUCAUGAACUUGCCAGCAAACUCCCCUGAAGCCAAGAUUUUUUUAGAUUAUGGUAGAAAUGCCAAGACAAGCAAUACCACCACUGUAGCUCCUUCAGGUAAUGCAAGCAAUGGAAAAACUGGAUCAAGUGGUGAUGUGAAAAGUGGUGUUGCAAGAGGAAAGAAAUGGUUGGGAGUUGAGAAGAUUUGGGGGGUUUUAUAUAUAAUAAUUGUUAUGUUUCUCUUUCAAUUUGCAUAAUUCUUCUAAGAAACUUUAAAAAAGUCUUAUUUAUCAUUUCUACAUGUUCUUUUUUUAUAUAUAAAAAAAAUCUAUGUAAGGUUUAAGAUAUUAAAUAUUUAGAUUUAAAAUCA